UGAUGUGGGAUUUCAAAAAACAACAAAGCUAUGCGUAGAAAUCUGGGACUCUAACAAACAGCGUCUUUAUUACUCCAUUGCCGUAAUGGUCUUGCAAUACAUAAUUCCACUAGUCAUAUUAUGCAUCUCCAACUUUUACGUUGGAUUUCUUGUUUGGGUUCGAAAACCACUAGGAGAAAACCUUCCCCAGAAAAUCAAGGGAAUGCAAUCGGAAAAACGGCGGACGGUGAAGGUGCUAAUCUGCAUGGCUGUGUUCUACGCUCUCUCCUGGCUUCCUCUCCAUGUGAUUACCGUUGUGGGCAGUAAUGCCACGAAAUUAAUGAAUCAGGAAUUGCUACAGGUCGUGUGGAUGUUCUCUCAUUGGUUUGCCUUCACCAACUGUGCAGUCCACCCGAUCAACUAUUUUGUAAUGAAUAAAGACUUUAGAGGAAAAACUAAGAAACUGUUAUGGAGAAUGUACUGUUGCUCUCAGGAUCCACAAACACAAUCCCUUACCUAUGGUAGACACUCAUUAUCCUCGAGGAACACUUCAAGAUCUUGUAUCAGAGAAAACUUAGAAACAAAAAUUUGA